AUGUCUAUAGCUCCAAUUAUCACUUUCAAAGCUGGCAUCUGUGACCUAGAUACGUCAAGCGCAAACCCUGUGGUCAAGCCGAAGCCAACUCCGGGCUACAUCUACCUCUACUCCGAAGAUGAUUUGGUUCACUUUUGCUGGCGCCCAAGAACCGCUCCCCAUACCGAACCAGAGCUGGAUCUAGUAAUGGUCCCAACAGAUGGAAGCUUUACACCUUACCAGCCAUCUGGUAAAGAUGCACCUACCAACGGUCGGAUUUUCGUCCUGAAGUUCUCGUCCAGCUCUCAGCGGUAUCUGUUCUGGCUGCAGUCGAAGUCCCAGCACGAGCGGGGUAACCUUAGCUGGUUUAGUCCCCGAGACCUCAAGCUCGGUGAGAUUGUCAACACGUUACUCCAGGGUGAAGAGGUCGAUGUCGAGCAUGAGAUUGCCACGCUACCCAGGGGUGGUCCUUAUGAUGGCGGAGACGACGAUGAGACUAUGGAGGAUGUCGAAGGCGUACAUCAUGAUUCCAACCAUAAUCACGGAGGAAACAGUGGUGGAGCCGGUCCGGAUGCAACGGGUGGAGAUGUCAGGGAAGAGGGUGAAGAGGCGAGGGAGGGUGGCGCUGACGGUGGAAGAGCGGCAACCGCCGAUUCGAAUCCGUCAUCCGUUGUACAGGAUUUCUUGAGGUCCUUGCAAGGAAACCAAAACCAGCCACAAGACCCCGAUCGACCUUUCACUACGCUGCAGGACCUUCUCUCGCCUUCAUCUACUCUUCCUUUUCUCGAGUCUGCGGACGACAAAACCGUUGACAACCUCUUAAGCUUUUUACCCCCAACGCUACUUCUUCUGGCACAGGAAUCCGAGGAUGCGUCCCUUGCCGAGACUGACCCUGGGAUCGUGGAAGCAGCAAUGCUCUCGCUGGAUCUUUCACAGAAGAAGAGCAUCUUAAGAAAAGUCCUCCACUCCCCUCAAUUCUCGCAAAGCCUUGCAAGCUUGACUGUGGCUAUCCGAGAUGGCGGCCUCCCGAGCAUUAGCGAAGCCCUCAAGAUCCCAGUUCCCAAUGGCGGUUUCAUGCGCAGAGGAGGGGUUCCUCUUGGUGGUGGCGACGCUGUUGAGGCUUUUCUCCAGGGUGUUCGGGAUCACGUUAAAGACUCGGAUCCAGACAAUCGUAUGGAGACCGACUGA